UGUUCGCUGGCUAACUCAAGCAUGCACCCUGUUUCCAUGUCUUCUACCUCUGCAGUGUUUGUGUGGUUUGGUGUGAUGUGGAUAUGUUUGUGUGUGGUGUCCUCUUUCCUCAUGCGCAACAAGCCAGCAUGACCAGAGAUUAAUUAUUCAAGGACUGCCAGCAAAGGGGGAAGUCACCUGAUAGCACGGACUUACAAUAUUACAAACAGAUAUCAGGUGAAACGCUAGACUUUGCUUCAUCUUCAUCCUUUCUCACUCCGUUCUAUUUUUUUGUUGCUGCUGUACAUGAAGACCUGAAAGAGAACUUUCUCUCUCACACACACACUGCCUGCUGGGAGCUCUUUAUUUUUUAUAUUUCUGUGGGGUUUUUUUUUUCUUUCCUCUGUUAACAGAUUUUCAGCUUUUUUCUUUUUCGCCAAUGCUUGUCCCUAACAAAGUGAGCCUCGGACGCUCCCACAGUUGGGACACGUUAGGGGGGAAUGAGGGUCAGUGGGAAAGAGCUGACAGCGUGUACGAACAGCAGGCAAGAGUAACAGGCCGGCGGAGCUCUUUGUCAUACGGAGAGGGAGGAGGGUGGUAUGAGCCACCACCUGGGGUGCGUCUUCCUGACCUCGAUUUGAAACGCGACCCGUAUUCCUACCAAGAUUCCCUUUACGGACAGGUUUACGCUGAGAGACACGACCCACGGGGGCUUAGGAAGGGCUCUGUGCCGGAUCUAAACCACUACGACCGAGUGCCCAUGGCUCAUCGAGGAUCCAUUCCACACCAGGACUACUACUCCCAUGACCCAGCCAUGACUCCUCGGCCACCGGAGGCCUUUUACCGAUCCGAGCAUCAGCCUCCGCUGCCUCACCCGCAUCCGCUCAGCAGGUCGGGCUCACAUUUAGGAAUGACACCUGGGGCUCGUACUGCGUGGGAUCAAGGUCAGGCAGUGAGGGCAGGACCUCAAGGGCCCUCAUCACCUUUACCUCCUCCCCCUCCUCCAAGCACUCAUGAAUUGAAUAGGGCAUAUAGGGAACCUGGUGCUAUAACUUCUGCUAAGAUACCCCCUCGAGACCCCCCUCCUGCUCACUAUGGAAUGGAGCAGCCGUCUCCUCGGUAUGCCAGUGAGCCUCCGCCUCUGACAGGUCAGUCCGUUUAUACUGAUGCUAAUGGCCGCCCUCUGGAUCCGCAGCAGCAGGCUGCCACCUGUCUAGUGGUAGAUCCAGCCAGUCAAAGCAUGAUUAUGAGGCAAGAGACAGCCUCACCGUUAACCAUCCAGCAACAGCAUCAAUUACAGCAUCAGCAACAAAUACAGCAGCAACAGUUACAACAGCAGCAACAAAUACAACAGCAACAGUUACAACAGCAUCAACAAAUACAACAGCAGCAGUUCCAACAGCAACAACUUCAGCAGCAGCAGUUACAGCAGCAACAACUACAACAGCAACAAAUACAACAACAGCAACUCCAACAGCAACAAUUACAGCAACAGCAACUUCAGCAACAGCAUCUUCAGCAAGAACAGUUGCAGCAACACCAUCUGCAACAGCAACAACCUCAACCUCUGCCACCUCCGCCUACCAUGCCGGUCACUGACCCUAACCUUUCUAUGGCUGCACCACUUCCUGCUCCACCUACUCCAGUCCAAACUGCAGCAAUUGCCCCUGCUGCACCUCCACCUCUGCAAGCGGUUCCAACUCCAGCCCCUCCUCCCCCAGCUACUCCACUCCCUGCCCCUCUUCCCGCUCCUCCACCAACCGCCCCACAGACACCUUUGCCUGUGGACCCCAAGAAGUCGGUCGAUCCAGAGUUUCUUUCUCUGUUGCGAAACGAGGGCCUCUCAGAGAGCACCAUCUCCUCACUUAUCCAGCAGGGGUUUGACUCCACUAGCAUGCUGGCUGUCAUGGAGGAGAACGAUGUCCGCACAGUUGCCCCAAACCUCGGUCAGGCUCGUGUGCUGUCUCGCCUGGUCCACCAUUACAAGCGCCCAAUAGAAGCUACACCAGCCCCCUCCCAACCUCAAACGCCCAUGCGAGGUCGCUCUAAUAGCUUUAGCCAUCGCGCAGACAUCUAUCAACCACACCACCACCAUCAUCAUCCACCACAUACCCCACAACCUUUAGCAGUAGAUCCCCAACUAAUGCCCCCACCAACACCUGGGGCCAUGCAAACUAUCUCUCCACGGAUGGGAGAAGUAAUCGGUAGAAGGCCCAGCAGUGCUCCCUCACAGCAGUUACUGGAAGCCUCUGGAGGAUACCCGGGCCAACCCCCUCGUUCACCAGGGCCAUACGCUGGAGCCCUCAUGCCUGUCCAGUCAAGACCCAUGUCAGCCUACUCUUCUGGGAUGCCAGGGGUGCCUAUGCCGGGUAUGCAGAUAAUGCCUCACCAGAUGACUGGGUCAAUGCCUGCCAUUGCGGGGUCUAUUCACUCGAUGCCAGCUAUGCCACAGCAGAUGCCUGUAUCCAUGCCUGCUUUACCACAGCCACCGCAACAGGUACCAAAAGCAUACUCUACCAACUACACAGUGCCCAUAGAGCUGAUGAAGAGGGACAGGAACUUAGUGCCAUUGUCACCCAUGCACAGCCCUCACCCUAGUCCUCAGCUGAUCCGAAAGGGUGGGGGACCAGGAUCAGACAAUGCUCUCGUUCCCGUGGGAGCACCCGUUCAAGGCCAAGGUGCCCUGGCUGCUAAUCAGAAGCUAAGUCGACGCACGGGUCCACCAGUCAUCGUGUCGACUAUGGCAUCUCCAGAUACAAGUAUUCGGCCCCAGAUUAUGAAUGGGCCUAUGCACCCGCGCCCUCUGGUGGCGCUGCUGGAUGGGCGCGACUGCACUGUGGAGAUGCCCAUCCUCAAAGAUCUGGCCACCGUGGCUUUCUGUGACGCUCAGUCCACGCAGGAGAUACAUGAAAAGGUGCUGAAUGAGGCCGUAGGGGCCAUGAUGUACCACACCAUCACCCUGACCAGAGAGGACUUGGAGAAGUUCAAGGCGCUGCGCAUCAUCAUUCGCAUCGGCAGCGGCUACGACAACAUCGACAUCAAGGCUGCCGGGGAGCUCGGCAUUGCAGUGUGUAAUAUUCCCUCAGCGGCCGUAGAAGAAACAGCGGACUCGACGCUUUGUCACAUCCUUAACCUGUACCGGCGAAACACCUGGCUGUACCAGGCUCUCCGGGAGGGCACGCGGGUCCAGAGCGUGGAGCAGAUCCGGGAGGUGGCGUCGGGAGCAGCCAGGAUCCGAGGAGAGACGUUGGGCCUGAUCGGAUUUGGUCGAUCAGGCCAGGCAGUGGCCAUGCGGGCCAAGGCGUUUGGCUUCAACGUGAUCUUCUACGACCCCUACCUCCAGGACGGCUUGGAGCGCUCACUGGGCGUGCAGCGAGUCUAUACUCUCCAGGACCUGCUCUACCAGAGCGACUGCGUCUCCCUGCACUGCAACCUGAACGAACACAACCACCACCUCAUCAACGACUUCACCAUCAAACAGAUGCGUCAAGGUGCUUUCUUGGUCAACUGUGCACGUGGGGGUCUAGUGGAUGAGAAGGCUUUGGCUCAGGCCCUGAAAGAAGGAAGGAUACGGGGUGCCGCCUUGGACGUCCAUGAGUCAGAACCUUUCAGCAGUUUUUCCCAAGGUCCUCUAAAAGACGCCCCCAACUUGAUCUGCACACCCCACACUGCCUGGUACAGCGAGCAGGCAUCGCUGGAGAUGAGAGAGGCCGCUGCCACAGAAAUUCGCAGAGCCAUAACCGGCCGUAUUCCCGAGAGCCUCCGAAACUGCGUCAACAAAGAGUUCUUUGUUACCACGGCGCCCUGGGGAAUGAUGGAGCAGCAGCAGCCUCAAGUUCACCCGGAGAUCAACGGUGCCGCCUACAGCCGAGUGAACCAAACCAUGGUACAGGCCAUAGCAACGGGGGGAAUGCAGGACAAAUUAUAUACCUAAUUCCCAACCAGAUUUCCUCCUGGCAUGGUGGGCGUCGCCCCCGGUGGGAUUCCCGGACCUAUGGAGGGGUUGGUUGCCGGGGGAGUUCCCAUCGCCCACACCCUGCCCCCUGGCACCCA